CCGAAUGCCACUCAUGUGCGUGCGCACCGAAGGCUUCCACGGACUCGGUAAUAACCCCUGUAAUUUAAUCAUCCUCAUCGCAGGUCAGCCCUGAGUAGAGCGGAGCGAUUUAGACCGCCAUGCCUUCUACCAAGAUUUAGCCAGUUUUAGAAGUUUGAUUACUGGCUUGAUUUGAUGUCCUGUAGAUAAUGUUCGAUGUGUAUGCUAAAGGUGGAGAGGCGCGGAGCAUUGGUGCAGCGUUAGGCGUGAUUCAAACAUCCACCAAGCGCCCCGUCCCGUCACCGUCACGGCACAGGCGUCUGUCAGGAGGCAGUUUGCUAGCCGGUUUCUCAACGAUGGCGGUCCGGUCACGUUGACCACGUCAGCGGCGUCCUAUCUUGGGGGAGCGACCGGUGAGUGAGAAAACGCUGUCUCACGAUGAACGCCGAUGUCGAGACGGUGACGCGACGAGGCGUUUGGCGGCUGUUUCAAUCAAGCCGGCCGUUUAAGUUGCCGAACAAUGCUUCCCGAAAACUGUUGUGCUGUACUGUUUCAACCCAUUGUGGGUUUAUUGUUUUUCUAUCUGAAAGCUUCAUACAUGGAUUUUGGCGAUGGUGAUUAUGGUGAUUUCCAAGCUAUGCUACUUACCCACUAUAGAGGAUUGGCCAAGAAGCAGGUGCUCUGUAGGCCGAAUAUUGCGGCACUAGACGACGAAGAUGCCUUGCCUCACGAGCUUUCGACGCGCGCACUCGGCGUCCAAGUGUUCGAGCGAUCGUGACCGGCCGACAUUGUUGCUCGACCUACCACAAGCUUCGGCCGCCUACGCGCUUCGACUUACAGGAAGAAGAAACCAAUCAGCAAAUUUGAAGAGGAAGCCGAGCCAGCUCCAUUUUUGCAGCUGGCUGACCAUCGGCCGUUUCCAGAGCGAGGCCAAGGAGAUCGCCGGUCACAUGGCCCUCGUGGGCCUCGCCAUGCUUCUCAGCAACGUCGUCAUCGUGGGUAGCCUCGGCAUGUCGGCCACCAAGCAGUCGUCCCGCAUCCGCUAUUACUUCAUGCGCGCCAUCCUCCACCAGGAGGUCGCGUGGUUCGACACCCACACCGCCGGAGACGUGGCAGGGCGGAUUACCGCAGACCUGGAGAAGAUCCACGAUGGUCUGGGCGAGAAGAUUGGCAUGUGCCUGUUCUUCUUGUCCACCGCGUCGGCCUCGCUCAUCUCGGCCUUGUGGCACGGCUGGCAGCUGACGCUCGUGCUACUCGCGCUCGUCCCUUGCCUCGUGCUCAUCACCACCGUCAUCGCCAAGACCCAGAGCAAGCUGGAGGCCGAGGAAUCGGCCGAGUACCGCUACGCGGGAUCCGUGGCUUUGGAAGCGAUCACCUUCAUCAAGACCGUGAUCGCCUACGGCGGUCAGCAUAAAGAGAUGAAGCGCUACUCGGACCGUCUGGAUCGUGCUACGCAGACGGGUUACCGCAAGGGCCUGGUUGCCAGCAUCGGCGUGUCCGUGAUCUGGACCUCCAUCUUCGCCAACUACGCUCUGGGCUUUUGGUAUGGCAUCGAUCUUAUUGUUGCAGACUUCGAGCUCCCGCCCGGACAAAGAAAGUACGAGACUAGCACGCUAAUAAUUGUGUUUUUCAGCGUUCUCAUGUUCUCCAUGAGUCUGGGACAGGCGACGCCGUACUUUCAUGCAUUCGCCAAUGCGAAGAGGGCCGCCGGUAAAGUCUAUCAGAUCAUAGAUAGGAAACCCGCCAUCGACAGCAGGUCGACCUCAGGGCUCAAACCCAUGGAAUUCGAAGGUGCCAUCCAGUUCAACGAGGUCACAUUCUGCUACCCUUCGGUCACCGCCAGCCCACCGGCGCUGCAGAACUUCUCGAUGUCCAUCGAUCCCGGAGAGACGGUCGCUGUCAUUGGCAGAAAGAAGUGUGGCAAAAGUACCAUUGUCAACCUUCUGCAGAGGUUCUACGAUGUCACUGAGGGGCAGAUCCUGGUGGACCAGAAAGAUCUACGCGCGUACAACAUCGGCUGGCUGCGCGGCCAGAUGGGCGUUGUGGGCGAACGGCCCGUGCUGUUCGACGCGACGGUGUCGGAGAACAUCCGCCUCGGCCUGGGCACGGCCUCGCAGCACGACAUCGAACAAGCGGCCAUCGCCGCCAACGCGCACCACUUCGUGCUCAAGCUGCCCAAGAAGUACGACACGAUGGUCGGCCCACACGGCCACCCCCUGAACGUGAGCCAGACGCAACGGUUGGGCAUCGCGCGCGCCCUGGUGCGCAACCCACGCAUCUUCCUGCUCGACGACCACCCGGCCGCGCUGGAUGCCGACACGGACAUGGCGCUGCAGGUGGCCCUUGACAAAGCUCGCGAAGGCCGCACGGCGCUGAUCAUGGCGCAGCGCUUGUCCACGAUCCGCUGUGCCGACCGCGUGGUCGUGCUCCGAGCCGGCCGCGUGGUGGACAUGGGCAGUCACGCCGAGCUCAUUAAGAAGGGUUCGGCACCAUACAUCGACCUCAUCACCACGCAGAUAAACGCGCAGAAGGACGACGGCGCCAUGACUCCGCCCCAGAAUCGGCUGAUGGUUCGCCGGGCACGUGCUCUGCCGCUCCCGCAGCUUCGUCCGCAGCCCAUCCUGCGCAGGAACUUGCAACAGGGCGACGUACGUGCUUACGAUGACCACGUUGCUCGGUUCCAUUGCGGUGCUACGCCGCGCGAAGCUCGAGUGGGGCCAACGAGAACGCUCUAUCGUCGGUUUCACCGCCUCCACUUAGCCAGCAGACGGCAGUUGUAAACUACCUUUACUAAUUAAGAGAGAAUGCUCACACCACGAAAACGUAUAAUGUAGUCAAAUAAACAAAUUGUGUAG